ACCUGCUGACUCACGUACUAGCGGCCAGCAGGACCGGGAACAUGGCUUCCGCUGUGGCAGCGGCACUCGUGAGCUGGGGGUUUCUGGAUUACAAGACAGAGAAAUAUGUGAUGACCAGGAACUGCUGGGUGGGCGUCUCUCAGAGGCUGCUGCAGCUGGGAGUGGUGACCUACGUGAUAGGGUGGGCCCUCUUGGCCAAAAAAGGCUACCAGGAAUGGGACUUGGACCCCCAGAUUUCUGUCAUCACCAAACUCAAGGGGGUUUCUGUAGUCCAGGUUAAGGAAUUGGAGAACCGGCUGUGGGAUGUGGCUGACUUUGUGAAGCCAGCACAGGGAGAGAAUGUUUUCUUCCUGGUAACCAAUUUCCUCGUGACACCAGCUCAAGUCCAGGGCACAUGCCCAGAGCACCCUUCUGUUCCUCUGGCCAACUGCUGGGCUGACGAGGACUGCCCUGAAGGGGAGACAGGGACAUACAGCCAUGGCAUAAAAACGGGUCGAUGUGUGGUGUUCAACGGAACCCACAGGACCUGUGAGAUCCGGAGCUGGUGCCCCGUGGAGAGUGGGGCUGUGCCCAGGAAGCCCCUGCUGGUUCAGGCCAAGAACUUCACGCUCUUCAUCAAAAACACCGUCACCUUCAGCAAGUUUAACUUCUCCGUGACCAAUGCUUUAGACACCUGGGAUGACUCCUAUUUCAAGCACUGUCUGUAUGAUCCACACUCCAGCCCAUACUGCCCAGUGUUCCGCAUCGGGGACCUUGUGGCCAUGGCUGGAGGGGACUUUGAGGACCUGGCAUUGCUGGGCGGUGCUGUGGCCGUCAACAUCCACUGGGAUUGCAACCUGGACCCCAGUGGCUCUGACUGCUGUCCCCGGUACUCCUUCCAGCUGCAGGGGAUGGGGUACAACUUCAGGACAGCCAGUCACUGGUGGGAAGCCUCAGGUGUGGAGGCCCGGAGCCUGCUCAAGCUCUAUGGGAUCCGGUUUGACAUUCUUGUCACUGGCCAGGCAGGGAAGUUUGCUCUCAUCCCUACGGUCAUCACGGUGGGCACAGGAGCAGCUUGGCUGGGCAUGGUCACCUUCCUGUGUGAUCUGCUGCUGCUGUACGUGGAUAGAGAGGCCCGUUUCUAUUGGAGGACCAAGUAUGAAGAAGUGAGUUGUGGGUCUGCCGUGUUCCAGAGCUGAAGUCGCCCUGCCUGAACACUGGGCUCAGCUGUUAGCUUGAUCCCUAAUCUGUUGUCUUUGUAGGCAAAAGCCCCAAAGGCAACUACCAACACUGCAUAGACUGAGCCUGCUUUUGUACCCUCAAGCCCUGCUGCCCAAGUGUCUCAGCAGUGGUUUGCACCUGUCCCAUGUCUGCUGCAGCUGGGAUCCAG